AUGACUACUAAACCCAGCCCAACCAUAACCAAUGCUAGGAGAGCAAUCUUGGUAGUGACUAUCUUGUUGGUAUUGCCAUUUGCUGGAUAUUACUAUUUAAAUUCCGAGUACUCAACGGGUUCGAGCAUAUUCGUCGAAGAGCCAAUUUUCCAACAAGUUCAUGUAUCGAUUGUGUCUGAUGGCAAUAGGAAGAUAGAUUUUGCUACAGAAAGCUUAUUUGAUGAGAUAAUCCCAGGUGAGUUUAAGAAUAAGUUGGGAAUAACCACAAACAUACAGAAUAAUAUUGAAUUGUUCAAACUGAAUUCGAGUGUAUUAGAACUGUCGGAGAUUCCUUACUUGAUCAAUUUAGACGAACUAUACAGUACCAACAACUUAAACUAUGUGAUAUUUUUACCUCAAAAUGGAUUGACGAUUAAGGACUCAACCACCAACAGUUUUACCGUUGAAGGGUUUGGGACAAUUGGUAUAUUGAAUGAUUGGAGUUUACAGAGGAACGAUUUGUUGCCUCUUCUCAAUAUUUUCAAAGCUAACUUGAUAAAGACAUUGAAACAGUCUCAAAGUGCAGCACCAAAGGGAGUUUCCACUGAGAUCACAUCAUUCACACCCAUGGAUCAUAAAUUGGCAGUGUUUUUACCAAUUCUCGGGCCCAUUGGGAUAUCAAUAUUGAAUGGCUUGGCAAACUUUGCAAAAUAA